GGGCUCCAGCCCCAAUCAGUUGCAAUCGCGGUUAAGUCUCGCAUAGACGCGUUUCACUCCAAAUCCGGCCAAGUUCUACAAAAUGGUGCACAAAAACGAGGACCAACUGCUGGCGGAUCGGAUGCUGGAGCUGCGGGAAUGGAUUAAGUCGCAUCCACAGCUGCCACAGAAUAUAUCCAGUCUUCUGCUGCGACGCUUUCUGCAUUCCACAAGGGGCGAUGUCAGCCACGCCCAGCGCCUCCUGGAACUCAACUACGGUCUGAGGAAUAAACACAGUAAUAUCUUUAUAGAUCGAGAUCCCCUAGAUGCCAGUUCCCAGCAGCUUCUUAAAGUGGCAGAUCUGGUGCCGUUGCCCGGACUGACCCCGGAGAACAACAAGUUGCUAUUUUACCGCCUGAUUGACUUUGACGCCGACAAGUUUAAUUUUACGGCUGGAAUCAAGGUCUUCUUCAUGGUGGCCGAUUGCCGGUUCGCCACCGAGGACGAGGAGAAGCUGUCGGACGGUGAGAUACCCAUUUUCGACAUGGCUGGUUAUACCCUACGACAUCUGACCAAGACCGCCCUGGGCGCUCUCCGUGUCUACAUGAAGUUCGUCCAGGAGGCACAUCCCGUUCGGCUCAAGGAGAUCCAUGUCCUCAACUGCCCCUCGUUUCUGGACAAGGUCCUCACCGUGGUGAAGCCCUUUAUUAAGGGUGAGGUCUUCAAGCUAAUACACUUCCAUCUGCCCAAUGCCGAGACUCCGUUCCAGCACUUUCCGCGCUCCAUGCUGCCGGAGGAGUACGGCGGAGAGGCCGGAAAGAUGUCGGAUCUGAAGCAGGAGUGGAUGCAGCUACUUAAGGAGCAAAGGGAUUACCUGAUGGAUGCCAAAAAUUGGCAGCUAAACAAGGCCAAAAAGGGCGGCAACAGGCACAAGGUCGACACCGAUGUGGCUCAAAGCCUUCGUACCUUGGAGAUUGAUUAGUUUUUAAAGGAUUUUUUAUAAAUAUGUAUUGUUAUUGCUUUUUAAUUCUUGUAUUUCCCAGCUGGGCUUGGGCUUUUGUAAGUAAAUAUUUUAUUUUUU